AUGCCCAAAUAUGUCAAGUUCAUGAAAGACGUUCUCUCCAAGAAGAGAGGUAUAGAAGAAUAUGAAACUGUAACCUUGACGCAGGAAAGCUGCAAAUAUUUGGGUAAACUUCCACCAAAGCUACAAGACCCUAGGAGUUUUACCAUCCCUUACGUUAUAGGGAAUACUUACCAAGGCAAAGCCUUGUGUGACUUGGGAGCCAACAUCAAUCUGAUGCCCUCCUCAAUUUUUAAACAACUUGCCACAGGCCCAGCAAAACCUACUACUGUAACACUACAAAUGGCUGACGGAUCUAUUGUUAAGCCUGCAGGAAAAGUAGAAGAUUUGCUGGUCAAAGUAGAUAGGUUCAUUUUUCCUACUGAUUUCAUCAUCCUAGAUUAUGAAGCUGAUGUUGACGUUCCCAUUAUUUUGGGAAGAUCGCUCCCUGUAACUGGAGGAGUUGUCAUCAAUAUGCAGAAAGGGGAACUCAUCGUAAGAGUUCAUGAUGAUGAAAUUAAGUUCAAUGUUCUAAAAGCCAUGAAGUUUCAUGAUGAUGAAGGAGACUUGGAAGAAUGUUCCAUGAUAUCUGUGUUAGAUACCCAGAUCAACUUGAAUUCAGUUGAAGAAGAAUCAGAAGAAGAAGAAAGUUUACAAGAUGAGGAACAUAUCCCACUACAAGAGAGAACACUUGUGCCUCUGCAAAGAACAAAAAAAUAA